GUUUUUUUCUCUCCCCCAGAACCAUGUGAGGGACGUUGCUGGGACACAGGUCAUUCCCAGGAUGGAUCGGAGGAGGACCUGCCCUUGGGCACUGCGCUCCGAUGGCGAUGGCAGGUCAGCAUCUCUGCUCUGCCUCCUCCUGGCAUCGCUCUCCUGGAGUGCAUCCAGCAGCACCUCAUUCAGCACUUUCCAUUCCGAGCACCGGGACUGGACUUUCAACCACCUGACUGUCCACCAAAGCACCGGGGCCGUUUACGUCGGAGCCAUCAAUAGGGUUUACAAGCUUUCGGGUAACUUGACCAUUUUAGUGGCUCAUAAAACCGGUCCUGAGGAGGACAACAAAUCCUGCUACCCUCCCCUCAUCGUGCAGCCCUGCAGCGAGGUGCUGACCCUCACCAACAACGUCAACAAGCUGCUGAUCAUUGACUACUCCGAGAACCGGCUGCUGGCCUGUGGCAGCCUGUACCAAGGAGUGUGCAAACUGCUGCGCCUGGACGACCUGUUCAUCCUGGUGGAGCCCUCGCACAAGAAGGAGCAUUACCUGUCCAGUGUCAACAAGACAGGCACCAUGUAUGGCGUCAUCGUGCGCUCCGAGGGCGAGGAUGGGAAGCUCUUCAUUGGAACGGCAGUGGAUGGGAAGCAGGAUUAUUUCCCCACGCUCUCCAGCCGGAAGCUUCCCCGCGACCCAGAGUCGUCGGCGAUGUUGGAUUAUGAGCUCCACAGUGACUUUGUCUCGUCCCUCAUCAAAAUCCCCUCAGACACCUUGGCACUCAUUUCGCACUUUGAUAUCUUCUACAUCUACGGCUUUGCCAGUGGCAAUUUCGUGUAUUUUUUGACUGUCCAACCAGAGACCCCGGAGGGCGUCUCCAACUCUGCCAGUGACCUCUUCUACACAUCCCGCAUCGUCCGGCUCUGCAAAGAUGACCCCAAAUUCCACUCCUACGUCUCUCUGCCCUUUGGCUGCGUCAGGGGGGACACGGAGUACCGCCUGCUGCAGGCAGCCUACCUGUCGAAGCCAGGGGACGUGCUGGCCAAAUCCCUCAAUAUCACAGCCCAGGAGGAUGUCCUCUUUGCCAUUUUCUCCAAGGGACAGAAGCAGUACCAUCAGCCGCCGGAUGACUCCGCACUCUGUGUUUUCCCAAUUCGUGCUGUCAAUGCCCAGAUCAAAGACCGGCUGCAGUCUUGCUACCAGGGGGAGGGCAACCUGGAGCUCAACUGGCUGCUGGGAAAGGAUGUCCAGUGCACCAAAGCGCCUGUUCCAAUUGAUGACAAUUUCUGUGGGCUCGACAUCAACCAGCCCCUGGGUGGUUCAGUGCCAGUGGAUGGUGUGACACUCUUCACCUCUAGCCGGGACCGGAUGACUUCUGUUGCUUCAUACAUCUACAAUGGCUACAGCGUGGUGUUCGUGGGGACUAAAAAUGGCAAAGUGAAGAAGAUCCGAGCAGAUGGCCCUCCCCAUGGUGGAAUUCAGUAUGAGGUGGUGACAGUUUUCAAGGACGGGAGCCCAGUGCUCCGGGACAUGGCUUUCUCCAUUGACCACAAGUACCUGUACGUGAUGUCGGAGCGGCAGAGUGCCCUGACUGGAGCCUGAUGGCUGCAGGGAGUUGGUACCACGAGGAGGAGAGAGGCCCAAGCUGAGGCUGUGAGCAGUGAGAAGUGCCCUUGGAAGUACUGAGAAUGCACAGCUCAAAUGUGUUCUGCAGUCUGAAGAUCUGGAAUAAGAUGGAAUUCUGCCACAGUGAAGUGGCACCGGAGCAGCUGUGCUGAGCGUGAGCUGGGGAGGGCUGCCCACAGUCUGUGGUUUCUAAGAAAGAAAUAGGAUACGUGCCUAUGGCAAAACUGAUCCGAUAAACACUGCACUUCUGUGGGAUUCAGCAAGGAGAUGUGCUCCCAUGGCACAGACUGGGAGCAGUCCUGAGCUCCGUGCUGCUGUGGGGUGGGGAGCCAACCAUUGCAUGGGUGCAGCGUUCUGCCUGGCACUGUGGUUGUGCUC